UACAGUCUCGACCAAUCACGUCACAUGUAACUGAGCACUUCACAAGGAGCGUUCAAGGAAGUGUAGGAGAGGGAAGAAGACAGCUCUGAAAGAAGAACGAUGGGAGUCGAAGUGGAAACCAUUAGACCCGGAGACGGAAAGACUUUCCCGAAGAGGGGAAAUACGGUUGUCGUGCACUACGUUGGAACUCUGACAAGUGGAAAAAAGUUUGACUCCUCCAGGGACCGAGCAGAUCCCUUCAAAUUCAAACUUGGCUGUGGAGAAGUCAUCAGAGGUUGGGAUGAGGGUGUAGCUCAGAUGAGUGUUGGUCAGCUUGCCAGGUUGACCUGCACGCCGGACUACGCCUACGGCAGCAAAGGAUACCCGCCCGUCAUCCCUGGAAAUUCCACUCUCAUUUUCGAAGUGGAGCUUCUGGGUGUAUAAGUUGAUAAUUGCUCAAUUGAGUUUCUCAUUUACCCAUAUUUCUCAUACAAAUAAGUGUUUACCCAAAGGUGAUUUCAGUAGCAUUUUUAACAUGAAUUCAUAAUUGUAGAAAGUAUGAUAAAAUCCUGGUAUGUUUGAGAAUGAAAACUACGAGUGUCUUUUAAGUGGGGCGUACACAAUUCAAUCAGUUACCACCAAAUCUGAACACUUCAUUGGAAAACAUCUGAUGUGUUGACAAAGGUUAAAGUGUCUGAAAGCAGUUUGGUAAUGAUGUCAAAAAUGCUUUUGAAACACCCUUCAAUGACGCCUUUUUUGUAGUGUUUAUCUGUUUAUCCAUUUAGUAGUUGCAUUGAGGUUUGAUCUCGACAAUUUUGACACAUUGUAAACACACCAUGUAAAUUUAUGCCUUGAUUUCAUUUUUCAUCAACGCUUCUGUGGCCAUUUUUAGGAGAAAUAGAUUUUCAACCCCACCCCUUACACUUUCACCCUUUGGUCUUUUUUGUCACAGAUAAAGGCCUGAAGUGUCCUUGUGUAGUCAUGCUUUACAUUUGAUCUGCAAUUUUUGUUUCUACUUCAUGUCAUGAUCCUUUAGAAUCGUCUUAUCGGUGGGUAUUUCACUGUUGAAUUAAAGUGAAAAGAUUAAAUAUU